UGCUGUUCGCUCUUCACAGGUAGCAGCCUGCUAUUUGCCAACGAUUUGCCAUUUCAGACGCUGCAUCCCGCAGACUGCUUAGCUUAGACAGUCCUCCAUCAUGUGGUCGCUGCUAGCUGUGCUGCAAAUCGUCAGUGGUGAGCCAAACCCCCCAAUCUGGCCGAGCAGUGUGCAAGUCUUUGGCCCAGAAGAUGCAGCCGCCACCAUCCAAGCCGCAGUGAAUGCAGCUUAUGCGCUCAAUGGUGGGCAGCCAGACAUUGGUCAGUUUUCACCACACAGGUUUGUAUUUAUGUUUAAGCCUGGCAGCUACAAUGUGGAGGUCCCGGUCGGGUACUACACGCAGAUUCUGGGCUUGGGGACGCAUCCGUCUGAAGUGAUCUUCACCUCGAGCAAAGGGGUGUACUCCCAGGAGUCGAAUUUUGCAGUGAACCCGGGCGCGUUGAACACAUUCUGGCGUUCCGCGGAAAACUUCCAGACAGAUGCGACCUAUGCCUGGAAUACCAACGGGAAUAAAGGCAUGCUGUGGGCUGCUUCUCAAGCAGCUGCGUUGCGAAGGCUCAUCGUCUCGAACGACCUGGAUCUCUAUGAGUUUCACAAGGGCGACCUGGUUGCGGGCUUCUCUUCUGGAGGCUUCCUAGGCAACUCACUCGUCAAGGGCAGCGUCUCUUCUGGAUCUCAACAGCAAUACCUUGCACGAAACUCUCAGGUCGGUGCCUGGAAAGAUGGCGUGUGGAACGAAGUUUUCGUUGGAACUAUCAAUGCCCCUCCGAGCCACUGUGGAAUGGAUGCAGAAACAUGCGCCAAGCCAUUUGUGACCGUAGACACUGCCCCCAUUGUGGCAGAAAAACCAUUCAUCUCCAUUUCACCCACUGGCACUUACCAGCUCAAUGUCCCGAAGCCCGUGCAGAAUUUGCAAGGUCUGGACUACCAGGACGUUGAUCAAGUUGGCUUUGAACAGGUCUAUGUUGCAGAUCCUGCGAAGGACACAGCCCAGAGUAUCAACGCGAAGCUGGCGCAGGGGCUUCACGUUGUGCUGUCUCCUGGUAUCUACGACCUCACCGAGCCUCUUGUUAUGGCAACCAACAACCAGGUGCUUCUUGGCCUGGGCCUGGCAACACUGCGGGCCAAGAACUCACAAGGGGCACUGCAAGUGAAAAGCUGCGGUGCGCGUGUCGCAGGGUUGUUGGUCGCCAUGGCGGGCGGCACGACCGCAACAUCACCACUGCUACUGUGGGAAAAAUCGCAAGGCAGCUGCAGCAGCCCUGGCAUCAUGAGUGAUAUCUACCUUCGUGUUGGUGGUCCUAUCGCAGAGUCUCCUGUAAAGGCAGAGGUGAUGCUCCAGGUAGAUGCAGACAACGUUGUGAUUGACAACUCCUGGCUGUGGCGAGCGGAUCAUGUUGAGAGCGGCCAGCUGGUGCAGUGGCAGAAUCCUUGCCAGGUUGGAGCUAUAAUUAAUGGCAACAAUGUUGUGGCAUAUGGCUUCAAGGCUGAGCAUGCUCUCACCGACCAGGUGCAAUGGAAUGGACAGGGUGGGCGCACCUUCAUGUUCCAAGCAGAGAUGCCCUAUGAAGUGACGCAGGCCACCUUCGGAGACAAAGGCUAUGCUGGCUACAGAGUCUCAAACACAGUGACAUCACAUGAAGCGCACGGUGUGGGAGUCUACCACUAUUUCCGUGAUGCUGCUGUAACCGUACAAUCUGCCAUCGUCGCCCCUGCUGCUCUGGAACCGUAUUUUGCGUCACCGCUGUCAGUUUUUUUGAAUGGGAAGGGUGUCGUCUUGCACGUCAUCAACGACAAAGGCCCAGCAUCUAUGAUUGAUCCAAAGGCACCCAAAAGUGCUGUACCGCGUUGGUUUUGCAAUAGUUCAUCAGCUGCCGCAGUGGACGUGCAGAGCGGGGGCAUAUGCAAGCUUGGUGACUCCGUUUUUUGCCCUGGGUCAACAGUCCAAUGUCGAGGAAACACAUGUUGCCCCGAUGGUUCGGCUUGCCCGUCAGCAGCAGAAGACUACAAUUGUUGCACGCAUGGCAAGAAGCAGGACUGCCUGAAGCCUUUUGAAGUGACUUUGGUGGUCUAGAGAUGACUCAAAAAAGUCUAGAGAUGAUUCAUGGAUCUUCGAGUCCUAGAGUCUAGCCCUGGCGAGCCUGGCGAGUCUGGCCAGUUGUUUGCCAUGACAUCUCCGGAUGCUUUUACCAGAGUUUCCAUGAGUUUCCUGCAUCAAUCUCGCUGCACUUUGGCACUCCGCUGAUGAUCUGGAGACCAUAGGAAACCUGUAGAUGUUCAUGUCCAAGUGCUGGUCUUUCGCUGCUUCAUGGGCGGGGAUUGCUGUGGGGUUUCCAGAUUAAGAGAGUUUUG